UAGCGCAACAUUUUGUUGUUUUCAUUUAUCAUUGUUUUGUUUUGCUUAAAGUGUCGUUGUAUUUAAACGCAUAUAUUUUCUAUUAUUAAUGUAACAAAAGAUUAAAAAUGUUGCGAUUCAAAAUUAUUUCGUCACGGACAGUGGAUAGUUCUGAGACCGAGAAGAAAUUUGUAGCCUACAUGGUACAGGUGAAUCGAGAAACGGAUUUGGCUGAUCAAGAUCCUGCGAACGUUGAAAGAAGAUACACCCAUUUUUUGGAUCUAUAUAAUGGUUUAAAAAAGGAACAACCGACGCUGCUUAAUAAUUUAUCAUUUCCGAGAAAGACUGUAGUAGGCAACUUUGAUGCCAAUUUAAUAUCUACUCGUUGUGCAGCAUUUGAAUCACUGUUGGAUUUAAUGAGCAAUGACUCAAGACUCCGAGAUUGUCCGGCAGCAAUCACAUUCUUCCAGGAUGUGGAAUUGAGUGAAGCCAAGAGACUAAUUAAUGAGGGUAAAUUUGACCAGGCACUGUCCAUACUAGAAACAAGUUUCAAAUUAUUAAAUAAGGUUUAUACAGACAGAUCAAGGGUGGUGCUUUGUGCUCUUUGUCGGAUUGUGGCAUGCGCUGGAGCUAGUGAUGGUACAUUAGCAGGGCCAGUGGAACGGUGGGCACAGCUUGCACUACGAAGAUACGAAGCAGUCAGUGAUUCUGAUUUACUCCUGAUAUACAUACCAUUGCUUCACACUUGCAUAAACAUUUGGGAAACACUUGGUAGAGAUAAAUCGAAGUUAGUUGAAGAACUAAAUGACCUUCGCAAACGAGGAAUGAAGGUGGAUUCCGUGCCCACAUUAAUGGAAGCAGUCGACACUUUAGACACCAUGUAAUUAUUAAACAUCAAUAUAUAAUGACAUAUACCGAGAGGUAUUUAAAGGAAUCAUCAUUAUUAUUAUGAUUUUAAUGUUCGGUAAUGUAGACUCCAGCUUUGAUGUAAUUAUGAAAGUGUCCUUUGUUAUUUUUUGUGUUCAAAUAUGGCAACCUAAUUUUGUAUGGUGAUGAAUAACCCCGCUGUAGUCUAUGUUUGAAUUGCCUGCCACGUUCUCUAUUGUCUUCGGCAUAUAAAUUUAUCUCUAAAGGCUGAUUGAUAUAUAUAUAAUAUCAUCUCACUGUAGCUUUCAAUAUUACUAUACACAAGUAAAUUGUAUUGCUUCCUAGUAUAAUAUUAUUGUAGC